UAUCAGUAGCAGCAAUUCUUCGGAGUCUCGAAGCAACCUCACACUAGCACUGACAGCACCUCAUGAUCUCUCUCCCCCUUCUCCUCUCACAUUUUCCAACACCAGGAAAGCACUGCAGUACCAAGAGUACAAUCACAGGCACCUACUUCUCUUGCUUCCAUCAUCUGGCCACAAUUGUUUGAGUUUUGGACCAGAAACACAUGAAUCAUCUGCUCCAGUCUGCUACUAGAGCAUUCUGAGGAGGAUUUUCUGAGAUAGUCGAAGGUUACUCAGCUUGGGGCUCUUCUCUGCCCGUUCCUUCCUUUUUGGCCCUCCGGUAUUGUUACUGCGCUUCCAUCUUCCAUGGCGGCAGUGACCUCUUCUCCUCCAGCAAUUUCUGGGCCGCAGCCUACGUGGGUGCCCUAUGAGCUAACCAGGGAUUGCUCCCAGGGCCUGUGCAGCAUGUACUGCCCGCAGUGGUGCUACUUCAUCCUCCCGCCCCCGCCACCGGCCUUCGAUAUCGCCGGCUCUGGCGGCGACGACUCCUCCGGUCCCACCUUCUCGCCUCUCGUCAUCGCCAUCAUCGGUGUGCUCGCCAGCGCCUUCCUCCUCAUCAGCUACUACACCAUCAUCUCCAAGUACUGCGGCACCUUCAGCUCCCUGCGGAACAGGGUUUUUGGCUCCGGCAGGGGUGGCGGCGGUGGCGACGGCGACGGCGACGGCGGCGGCCAUGGCGGUUCACGGAGGCAGGAUCCGUCGAAUGCCUUGCCGCCGGACGGGCUGGACGAGACGCUGAUCAACAAGAUCACGGUGUGCAAGUACAAGCGCGGCGACGGGUUCGUGGACAGUACGGACUGCUCCGUCUGCCUCGGCGAGUUCCGGGACGGCGAGAGCCUCCGGCUGCUGCCCAAAUGCAGCCACGCCUUCCACCUGCCGUGCAUCGACACGUGGCUCAAGUCGCAUUCCAACUGCCCGCUUUGCCGCUGCAACAUCGCGUUCGUCACCGUUGGGGUGGUGUCGCCGGAGCCGGAGCGCCGCGCCCCGCAGGAGGACCGGAGAGACAGCCAUGAGCUGGUUCUGACUAUAGACGACUACUCGGAACAGGCGCGUGAAGAGUCGCAGCAUCAGAAUGUGGCGAGUGGCAACGGUGGUGACCACCAGGAGGCGCCGAAAGAUUGUCCAGGGAGGUCAGAUGAGGCCACUGGCAUUGUCGAGAUCAAGGAAGACGGGGCGCCGCCGGUGAGGGCGUCGUUGUCGUUGUCAGACACGCACCGUGAAGGCCGCAUGUCCAUUGCCGACGUGCUGCAGGCCAGCCUAGAAGACGAGCUGAUGAUGGCCAGGGAGAACGGCCUCCUGGCAGGCUCAUCGGGGUCGUCAAGACGGUGUCACGGGGAGCACAGCAAGGACAGCGGCGGCCGCAGCGGCUGGGCAUUGCCAGAUGCAGCGAACCCCAUGUCAACGAAGAAAUUGCCGUCGGUUGGGAGGUCGUGCUUCAGCAGCAGGAGUGGCAGGGGAAAGGAUUUAAUUCUUCCAAUGUGAUGCAGCCGAAUUCUCAGUGGUUCUGUUCUUCUAACUAGGAUAGAUGACAUAUUACCUGUGUGCGCGCUUCCGGUGGAGAUCAAGGUGCCAGCACCAGAGUCUGAAGAUUUCAUCCUGAUUUGAUCAAUUCUUGUGAAUUGAGGCUCGAUGCUUGUUGACUGAUGUUUGGUCUUGGUAGGUGACUAGUGCCUGCUGUCCAUAAUGCUGUCGACUGACACUAGACAACACACCCCUUCAUUCAGGUUUCUUGUACUUACAACAAUGCCGGUGGGCAUUAGGUCAACAUCUUCUCAGAACAUGUGUUUCUCAUAUGUCAAUUUGCAGUUGGGGUCAGGUUGAUGCAUACGCUAGAUCAGCAUUUGCUCAUAUAUUAACCUUGCCCUCAACCCAGCAAACAAUUGUAUUUGGAAAUUUUACUCUCAGAUGUUGCCGCAAACAAACA